AAAGGAGGGGAUUCACAUUUCUGUUCGAGGAGAACUUUGAGACCAGCGGCUUUGUGACUUUUAAUGAUCAACGUCUGCUGAUGUGAGGGACAGCAGACACCGGGUCCAGGUUAUUUGAAGUUGCAGUUCCCGGAUCGUCCAGCAGAGGUCAGACAUGUCACACAUUAACGCCACAGAGCUGCAGUCGCUCCUGCUCUCCUUCCUGCAGCAUUGCCUCAACAGCUCAGGCGUGCUCUUUCCGCCGAUACCUCAGAACUACACUACCCAGCAGGCUUUGCAUCAGUCGGCAGGAGCCAGGGCCCACUCUCAGUCUCAGGGCAUGAUGUACAUCUUUCUGGUGGUCGGCAUGUUCAGCUUCUUCACGUUCGGCAUCAUGCUGAGCUACAUUCGCUCCAGGAAGGUGGAGAGCUCUCAGGAUCCGUAUCACCAGUACAUCGCCCACGACUGGACCAAGGUGGUGACUCCGUCCAGGGCCGUCGCCGAGGCUCUGCACAGGGAGGCAGCAAGCCCCAGAGCCAGCAGCAAGGAGCCCGUCAUCAUCUGUAACCCGGCAACCCUGGAGCAGCUGCCAGACUAGAAUAUAGCAAAAUUCAAAUAUAUAA